CAUGGCAGCUUUCUGAGUUUUGGAGGUGGGGGACCUGGUGUAAAUAAACACAAAUUACACAUUUUACAGACAACGACAGCGUUGGGGUGUUUGUGUUUGGGACUGGCUGGAACCGCGGAGGGAAGAUGUCGAGUGACGGGAACAGAAAACAGUUCUGGAAAAGAAACGCAGCCAAGGUUCCUGGCAGCAUUCAACAUGUGUAUGGAGCACAGCAUCCACCUUUCGACCCGCUCCUUCAUGCUAAUCUAAUUAAAGCAGGCAACAAGCCUCCUCCAGCCACGCCAGGCAAGCCCAAGAAGGCGACCACCUUCCAAGAGUUUGAGAGCAUCACAAGUGAUGCCUGGGAUGUCGGGGAUGAUGAUGACGAGUUGCUGGCCAUGGCCGCACAGAACCUUAACAUCGAGGUGGUCAUGGAGACAGCCAAUAAGGUGAUUGAGAAUCACAGCAAGCAGCAGGAGAGACAGAGGCUUGACGACACAACAGAGCUAGAACAGAGAGAAGAAGACACGCAGGAGGAGGCGGCGGAGGACGAAGAAGAGGACGAGGAGGACGAGGAGGACAGGGGGGAGGAGGGAGACGUGACUAGCCCAGAGGUGUCGUUUGCCUCCCAGAGCAGCCCUUAUACUGAUGGCCGCCUGGUGAAAUCCCACAGUGAAGCUCCAAUUGGGUCACCUAAAGAUGCAGCAGGUGAAUGCGCAGCCCUCCACAGACAGCGGUCUCUGCCCCAUCGGCCACCCGUCAUCCCGUUGGUGGCUCGCAUGGCUGACCAGAACACAUCUGGCACCCCAGCCAUGACCGAGAGGGAAGCGUCCCGUCUGGAUAAAUUCAAACAGUUGCUGGCUGGACCCAACACAGAUCUGGAGGAGCUACGGAAACUCAGCUGGUCUGGAAUCCCCCGACAGGUCCGACCAAUUACGUGGAAACUCCUUUCAGGUUACCUGCCAGCUAACGCAGAGAGGAGAGAGAGCGUCCUUCAGAGGAAGAGACAAGAAUAUUUCGGCUUCAUCCAGCAAUACUACGACUCCCGCAAUGACGAACACCAUCAAGACACAUAUAGACAGAUUCACAUUGACAUACCGAGAACUAAUCCUCUUAUUCCUCUUUUUCAACAAGCUUCUGUCCAAGAGAUUUUUGAGCGGAUCCUGUUUAUUUGGGCCAUCCGCCAUCCAGCCAGCGGCUAUGUGCAAGGCAUCAACGACCUGGUCACGCCGUUCUUCGUCGUCUAUGUCUUCGAGUACAUCGAGGAGGAAGUGGAAAACUUUGACGUGUCCAGCCUCCAGGAAGAGGCUCUGAGGAACAUUGAGGCUGACAGCUUCUGGUGCAUGAGCAAACUGCUGGACGGCAUCCAGGACAACUAUACAUUUGCCCAGCCAGGCAUCCAGAGGAAAGUCAAGGCCCUGGAGGAGCUGGUCAGCAGGAUUGAUGAGUCUGUGCACCGCCACAUGCAGCAGUACGAGGUGGAGUACCUGCAGUUUGCUUUCCGCUGGAUGAACAACCUCCUGAUGAGGGAGCUGCCACUACGCUGCACGAUCAGACUGUGGGACACCUACCAGGCUGAACCAGAGGGCUUCUCCCAUUUCCACCUCUACGUGUGUGCAGCCUUCCUGGUGAGGUGGAGGAAAGAGAUUCUGGAGGAGAGGGAUUUUCAGGGGCUAAUGAUCCUCCUGCAGAACCUUCCCACAAUGCACUGGGGCAACGAGGAAGUGAGCGUUCUGCUGGCUGAAGCCUAUAGGUUGAAGUUUGCCUUUGCCGACGCGCCCAACCACUACAAGAGAUGAUGAGCGUGGCUCUCUGCAGCUGUUCCCCUUCUCCUUCUCCUCUUCCUCCUCCUCCACCUCCUCUUCUUCCUCAUUUCCCUUCCCCACAGCCAUCUGCUGAACUUACAGGCCUCUAUCCCCACAUGGAAGGACCUCCUCUUUUCUUAACCUCCCUUUCCCAAAUUGCCCAAUGGGCCUUUCAGCUACUAAGAGAUUCGAAUCAACCAAUGACUUGGGGGCGUGCGGUGUAGCAUUCUAACAUGUUGAUGUGGAGCCUUUUUUUAAAUUAUUUUUCUCUGAUCAGCUCUGAAACGUGCACUCCUGCAGUCCAGUGCGGAGCCCUCUUCUUCAUCACUGAAGGCCACAACUUUCUCUUGGAGUUUUGUCUGCUCAAGCUGACGCCUCAAAGUACAACCUCAGGCCUGAUGCAGGACCACGAGCUGUUGCUCAGCACCGCCUGGGGUGUAGUCUGGCUCAGAAAAAUGUUCUUUUCUGCUUACUGUUAUUUCCAAUACCAUGGCAAUACAUUGUUCUUUGUUCCCUGAGGCAAAAAUGUGACCUUUUUUUUUUUCAGUUAGCAAAGGAAAAGAAAGAUGGCAAAAGGGCACUGUGCUAGAUGGUUUACAUAUCUGAGCCCCUCUCCUGGUCACAACACAACCUGAAGGAAGAUGACCUCUCCUGUUUUUUCUUUGUUCGCUCUCCUGCUUCGUGCCAGGAGAGACACAGAUUGUUUUUCCUAUAUGAGCGCACCAGAAUUUUACAGAGAGAGAGAGAGAGUGAGAGAGAUUGUCGGUCGAUGAGGGGAAGCAUCACGUCUCCCUCCUUCCACAAACCAAGCACACCAGCUCAAUAGCCCCGGCUUUAUCCCGUCCUCCCACUCCGCACGCCAACAUCACAGCGUUUGAGUGUAACAGUAAAAAGCUGCAGGUCAGGAGAGUCAAACAUACGCAGACAAACGUCAAAGAAAGUAAUAAGAAAGAAAGAUAAUAAUUAGCCAUUAGGAGUAAGAAAGCUACUUAUUAGGUUUUACUCAGACCUGUCUGUAUAUGAAGGGCCAUAUGUUAUCUAUUAACUCCUCCUAAGACUACCUCAGAGCACACAUUAACACACAUGUAGUGAGAACUGGAAAUCCUCUCAUCAAGGCAUUAAUAGACCAAAAACAUAUUGAUGUGUAUAUUGUGACAGGGAAAAAAAAAAAAAACACAGCAGGAAGUCGUCAAAAUAAACUACUUGAAAGUCAGUUCAGACAUUGAAUU